AGAAAACCUUUCAUUAGAUACGUGUCUGACGCGAGGUAGGAGGUUGGAGGUAUGCCCCUCUUCAAAGGGCCUAAAAGGUCCAAGCAAACCAAUGUUGUAUUAUGAUCAUGUUCAACAGUCUUAUCGAUGGUACUGAUACUAUUUCUUAUAGACACAAGUGCGUCUAUGAAUCAAAGGACGUACCUUGGCACUACGUAUCUCGAUAUCGCCAAGGGAGCUGUGGAGUCCUUUAUGAAAGUUCGGUCGCGGGACCAGGCCGCUCGAGGAGAUCGUUACAUGCUGGUGUCAUUCGACGAGCCGCCAAACUGCAUCAAGGCUGGAUGGAGAGAAAGCCCAGCAACAUUUCUGGAAGAACUGAAAGGCUUGCAAGCUGCAAGUUUAUCUGGUCUUGGUCCAGCUCUGAAAGAGAGUUUCAACCUUUUGAAUUUACACAGACUUCAAUCUGGCAUUGAUAACUAUGGAAUGGGGAGAAAUCCUCAUUACUUAGAGCCAGCAAUUAUUGUUUCCAUAACAGACAAUGGUACUUUAUGCAACACUGCUGGUGUUCUGCCAGAGCUGCAUUUGCCCAUGCACAAUCAGCUCUCUGGCAGUGAACUAACAAAGGAGCCAUUCAGAUGGGAUCAAAGAAUGUUUAGCCUCAUCCUACAGAUUCCGGGGACAGCUCCUGAUGCAAAUGAGAAACUACAUCAAAAUCAGGUGAACCCUGAGGAGGCACCAAUAACUGCUAUGUGUGAUGUAACCGGAGGGAGAUCUUACGUGGUAGCGUCUCAUAAAAUGUUGAUGCAGAGUUUGGAAUCCAUUGCGCAGAAGAUCCAGCCAGGAGUAGUAAUAUAUUUUGAAAAAAUCGGACCCAAUCCUGAGCCAGUUAUUCGAGAAGGUGCAAGGACGCCGGGUACUGUGACGCCCAAACUGGAAGAUAUGGUCCCUUCACCUGAACACAUGGAUGUUGAUCAAGAGAAUAAGCCUUUAAUUGGGCAGACAUUGGUGAAUGGCAUUUUACCGUCUAUCGAUGGCCUAAAGAAAAACGCAACUUUUCAACCGAUUAAGUCAGAGGCAGAGGAAACUAGUUCGCAGAUGAUACAUGAAAAUCCUGUAAGAGGGAACGAAGCGCCAUUUGCGGGGAACGAAUUAAUGCACGAUUCAACGAACACAGAUGCUUCUCUGGAAGUUUCUACCACUUGGCAAAACACAAGACGAAUGAUAUACGUACGCUCAAAUCCGAGAGUAGCGAUUGGCCAUUGGCCAAUACCUGAAGCAUUUUGGCCAGAUCCAGGCGCUCAAAGCAUGCCACCCCGAGACGCCCAACCGAAUGUGCAGUUCACGUGCGCCAAUGCUGAGCCAAUGGUCAUUGAUAACUUGCCUUUCGAUAAAUAUGAACUGGAACCCUCGCCCUUGACGCAGUUCAUUCUGGAAAGAAAGCAACCAAAUUAUUGCUGGCAGACAUUUGUUAGUGGUUCUGGAAGAGAAGGGCGGUCCCCCCAACCUUUUGGCUACCUGAAGGCAAGCUCAAAUCUACAGACAGUCAAUUUAUUUGUGAUGCCGUACAACUAUCCUAUACUUCUGCCACUUUUAGAUGAGCUGUUUAAAGUUCAUAAAUGCAAGCCUCCAAUAAAGUGGAAGGAAAGCUUCGAGGCAUAUCUACAAACGAUGCCAAACUACUAUGCAGGGCCGUUGCGUAAUGCUUUGAGAAGAAUGCAAGCACCAAACAACCUCGUACCUGAUCACAUCGAUGGUUCUUUGAGUUUCAGUAUCAUUACGCAUUUGAAGAAAAUAAAGCAUCAAGCCAAGCUAGAAGCUGAUCGGCUUAUAAACUUGGUUGGCAAAAAAGCAACGAGAGAUGCAUUAAACCAACCGCUUCCACCCAUACCUCAAAUCAACGAAGGAAAACAUUUCGACUAUCGCAAAGUACUCCGAAAAACAUCGAUUGCAGAUCCAAGAAUUGCCCUGCGAAACACUGGAAAGUCUCAAAGUGACAUUUCAUUGAAUCUGGAAGACCGUGGGCUGCCAUUUCCCCAAGAGCAUAUUCAGACACAAAGCUUCAAGAACCCUUUCGAUAUCCCACGAAACCGGCUGAUCGAGCAGCUCCGAAGAAUGCGUCUUAAUUUCUUCCAUCCCGCAACUUCUAACAAAUUCGAAGAUGAAGACCAAAAGCAUUACAUAGCAAUCGGCCAAAUGGGGAAUUACCAAGAAUAUUUGAAAAUGGUUGCACCUUUGAGGGAAGUUGACCCAGGACAAACGAGGCUGCAUGCUUUUGGAAAUCCAUUCAAGCUGAAGCAGGAUCACCAGUUGUAUGCUGUAGACGAGGCCGACGUGAACGAGGCCAUUGCUGGACCGGGUAUGCCCGCUAAAAAGAGACCUGGGGAGAAUUCGUACAUAAACAACAAGAAAAGAAGGAAGAACGAAACACCUCCUCCAAGUCGCCGUCCACAGGGACCACCAAAUGUUCCGCCACCAAGGCCAGCAACGCCGCCGCCGCCGCCGCCUAUCAAAAUUCUUGCCAACAAGCGAAAAGAUUUCGUUAGUCCAACUGACAGCUUAGAGGAAAAGCCUGAAUUUGAAGAACUGAAGGAAAAAGAAGCAGAAAAAAGUGACAAAGUUGAAAAACUCGAGAGGACUGAGAAGAUUCUUGAAAACGGAAUUAGUCCGGAUAAAAAGGCUGUAGGUAAAGCCGUAAGUAAACAACUUCGAAAAUUGCAGGAGAUGCAUAAAAGUAAAUUAUCCAAAAACACCAAAAACAAUAAAACGGAUAAUGCAAAAAGCGGACUUGUUAAUGACGAUGAAAACCCGUCGCCGAUAUUAUCAAUACUGAGAACAACGUUUGGGCCUGAUGACGUCACAAAAUUGGAAGUUGCAGAGGAGGACGUUGAAGUGGAGGUUGGUAAGAAGCGAACACAGAAAGGAUCAAGAGGUGAAGAGGUUGCUGCGAAGCGAAACAAAUCGGAUGCUGCGGAGACGGAUAGAAGUAUUCUUAGUCCAAAAACUUGCCGUUUAUUGUUGCAAAGUGGUAAAAAUACUAGACUGCGCAUGGAAAUUUGGAAAGUGAUCAGAAAUCUCAAAGAUCGUGGCAAAUGUUUUCAACACAUCGAGCAAGCGGUUUCCAUGUUGGACGGGCCAAGCGAAGUAAAGUGCAUGUUUUUGAAAGACAUUAUCGAAGAGGUUGACAAGUUCAAGGUGGUCUCUUUGCGUGACAGACUAACAGCUCUGUUACGUGGAUUUGAUGAGAGUGUAUCGGAAGUUGAAGGUCGAUGCUCAAGAUGACGACUGCAAGACGAAAGAAGAAAACUUUGCGAUCAAGCGUGGAAUUUUACUACAGUGUAAUGGCGCAGGUCCUAGUGCUCUGUACGGAUGCAUCCCAAAAAACGGGCCAAGCCUUAGCGCGUGAUCUACAUUCCAGUGGAAGGCGCAGUUUGUUUAAGUUAUUCGUGUCAUCGAAUCGGAUUUAUAGAAUUACCCGUAAGUGAACUUAGGCCCAAUUAUGUAAACGCAGCAUUUGCUUUGCUGAUAAACAAAGUUUAAUAGAUGGGCUUAGCUUCUGAUAAGCAACGAGACUCUGCAGAUAUUUGGCGUUACUUAGAAUAUCCUACGGAGAUUAUCCCUCCUGGAGAAUAGAUUAGAGAAAAGAGAUUCUCGUCUUAGUUUAUAAAUCUGAAAGGAAGCCCAAAUUUUCGCGUAAAUUUUCAAAUUGUUGUCAUUUUGGAAAUAAGAACUCAUAUCGUCCAAACACGCGUUUUAUUUAGAAUGCCGUUAUGACACAAGCCGCCUUAUUAUAGGGGAAGUUUUAAACAAGAGUUGAACUAGAAACAAAGUAGAUCGUCCUUUACUAGGAAAGGAAUUUACCACGCCUUGUGUCCUUAGAAGUCGCAAAUCGAACAGCUUAUUGGUGAAGGCUGCUCUUUGUCUGGAUGUCAAACAAGGCCCCGUAUAACAAAUGCGCGCCAUUUUGUAAAUAUGACUUUGGUAGCUUAAAGGCACAUGUUCGCCGUAAUUGUUUAUGUUUGGAAUGUUUUAUAAGUUAGAAGAGUCGCUUGCCGGUGAUUAGACUGGUGUCAUUUCUUUAAAUAGAUGAAUAGAACUAAAGUUUGGUGAAAUGCGGUCUCGGCCUUUCUUGUCGUUGGAAAUGAAACAAUGUCGCUUGGUCUGCAUUUCACUCUAGUGAAAAUUAAUAGGGUGAAGUCAACGUUGCAAACAGCGUUUCUAGAACCACCGUUUUCGACAAAUAUAGGUUGAGUUACCGAUGGAUUUUAGGUUUAGACCCACUGUUGACGACUGUGGGAAGGACGGUUUAGACAAAAGAACUUCUAAUUUGGAAAGUACAAUGCCAGCUUUAGUUUAAUGUCAGAAUACUUUUGUAGAUUGUUUAAAGAUUUCCAGACAUUAGAAAUUUCAAAACUUAGCUACAACAUUAUUGACAGUGGUGAUAUCAUAUCAAGCCUGAACAUUUGUCAAUUUCCAGAAAGGUUUUGUCACAAAUCUAGUGCGUUGUCAAAAUCUCAACAAAGUACCUCAAUUUGCGAAAUUCACUCCUUUUUUGGCAAUAGUUCUGUAGAAAUUAUUAUAGCUGGUCAGGUAGUUCUGCAAAAUUAGGUGAAACAAAGCACGGUCUUGUGCCUCUUGAUCUAUGGCCUUGUAUAAAGUACCAAAGGUGGAAAUCAAAGUCCACCUAUUUAGAUCCUGUUAGACUUAGUUAUAGUGUCGUAGAUAAAAUAUCAUUACUUCUAUGGUGAUUUUUCUUUUUGUCGAGUUCUUUUCAACAAUGCCCUGUCAACAAUGCAAAAUAAAAUAAGUUUAUUAGGUAAACUAUAUAACCUAGAUGCGAUAUAAUAAUCUUAAAGAUGCCGUGAAGAUGCAUACCCGUUUAUAUUUGCAAGUAAAAACACCACGCUUUCACACAAAUGUCAUUUGUGGCCAGGCUAAAAGCCAUAUGUCAUAUAAGCUAAAAGUCAUAUGUCGUAGUACAGUCGAUUUCAAUGGUUCUCCAAAAAUGUCUAUUCGAUUAAUCCAAUCAGAUUGCAAGUCAGAUUAUUACUAAAGAUAAAUCAUAUAUGUUAUCCGAUAAUGAGCAAAAAUCUUGGCAAAUAACGAUACUGUCUAGGUCCAAAGAGCUAUAAAUGUUCCAUAUGAAUAAAAUUCCUUCUGACGUAAGAAGCAAUGAAGUACAAAAUGUUUUAGUGUGUUUGAUUUAUAUACAGGCGAUUUAUAAAUUUAUAUAAAGGAUCUCUUUAUUGAUAGAGCUUUACGCUUAGUCAAAGCUAGAGAACAUAAGUUUUCUAAUUAACUCUGAGAUUGCCAAGCCAAGCAAAAUGUUUCUUAUACUGUUUGUUGCUAACAUCAUAACUUUUAUUAAAAGGCGAUUAUUCGACUUACUUCUUGCGUCAGGGGACGUAACUCGGUAGACUUCUCGCAUAAUAACAAUGAGGACUCCGUUAGCUAUUUGCUCAAUGCGUUUUCCCGCAUUCUCAAAUUAGGUCGUCGUAGAAACUAGGCAAGAGGGGGGGGGGGGGGGGGGUUCUUCAUUUUGUCAUUAAAUAAAUAGGAGGAAAAGUAUUUUUCUACCAUAGAAGUAUUUUUAAGUUUUAACUACAGCCCCGUAUCAUAUUUGACUUCCAUUUAUUGACGUCAGCUGAAUAAUGAAUACGACCCUGCUUUUCCAGGCGAUUUCAUUUCCUCCACCCUAUCAGCUACCAACUAUUGCUUGAUCAUUACUUUCUUGUAAGAGAAAUAAAUUAUUCCACAUCUACAUCCAUGAUUUUGACAAAAUUAACGAACCCUUGCCUAGAACUUUAGUCAGUAUAAAGUCAGUAUAAUAUAGGCAACAUGCAGCGGACGCGAAUUCUACCAAUACGCCACCGCGCACGACACAAUACCCACAGGACUGGGGUCUAGUUUCAUUUUGUUACGUCAACAAAGCCUAACCUUCACCAAUAAGCUUAAUGUAUAUUUUACACAACGUCAUUUGAGAUAUCUGUAAAAGGCUAUUGUACAUAUUUGUAAGUAAAGUUCUUGCUGUAUAGUGUACAGAAGCAGAUUAAAUGCCUCUUUUUCAA